GACUUAGCGAACGGGAACACCACACGUACUGUCUAUGGUCCAGUGCAGUGUAGACCAUUGUAGCCAUCUACAUCCAUGGUAGCCAUAGCCAGAAGUACAGCGCUGUGGAGAAUGAGAUAGGUCUGGCAAUUCGAGACUAAGCCGAAUAAAAGUAGCUGACACACGAUGGGGCUGCUCUCUGUGAGUGUCGGGCCCUUUCGGAACCGAGUGUGGGCGGUUCGGACGUGGAUUCGAGACUUAUCCACUAUUUCAGCUACUUUUCACAACGGCGGCGCACUCGCGUCGAGGGCGUCACUGUUCCAAAAGAGACAUGGAGGUUUAUAUCAACAAAUUCUCCCCCUUGCUCGGUUACUUAGCUCAAACAAACCACCAAGAGGUUUUGAAAAGUUUUUCCCAAAGAGGGAAGAAAGCACUGGCGUCAACAAAUCAGCUGAAGAUGAAAAUAGCAAAGAGCAAGAAUCUCUUGUAAGGGAAGAGCGGGACACAAAUGAUGAUGGGGACCAAAGACGAAGAGGAGGAAAAAAGGAAGAAUCACACUGGUGGACGCGCUUCCAGGAUGAUUUUCCCCUGGAUGAAAAAGCAGUGCGGUACUUUGCAAUCGGUGCUGCCGGCAUGACCUCAGCUUUUUUGUACUUUUACUUCCGAGAGACGGGGAUGCAGAUCUCCUGGAAGGACUUUGUACAGCACUACUUAAACAAAGACUUGGUUGAUCACCUAGAGGUUGUCAAUAAACAAUACGUCAAAGUAAUUCCUGCCCAUGGAGUGAACACAUCAGAAGUGAGUUAUUUAUGGUUCAACAUUGGCAGUGUGGACUCAUUUGAGCAUAACCUGGAGAUGGCCCAGCAAGAAAUGGGUUUGGACUCACAGAAAGUUCCUGUAUUCUACAGCAGUGAAAUUGAUGGGGCACUCCUUUUCAACUUUCUCCCAACCUUACUGCUGGUCGGCUUUUUACUAUUUGCCAUGCGGCAGGGACCAAUGGCAGGAGGUCAGCGAGGAAACCCCUUCAGCAUGAGUGAAUCCAAAGCCAAGGUAAUAAAAGGCAACGUCGGCAUUCAGUUCAAGGAUGUCGCAGGCUGUGAGGAGGCCAAACUGGAGAUUUUGGAGCUUGUCAACUUCUUGAAGAACCCGCGGCAGUACCAGGACCUAGGCGCCAAGAUCCCAAAGGGUGCUGUGUUAUCAGGCCCACCUGGUACUGGCAAGACCUUGCUAGCUAAGGCCACUGCAGGAGAGGCCAACGUGCCCUUCAUCACCGUCAACGGCUCGGAGUUCCAGGAGAUGUUUGUUGGCGUGGGUGCAGCGAGGAUAAGGGAUACGUUUGCCACGGCUCGAAAAAAUGCCCCCUGCAUCCUUUUCAUUGACGAGAUUGACGCAGUUGGCAGGAAGAGAGGCCGGGGGAACUUUGGAAACCAAAGCGAGCAGGAAAACACCCUCAACCAGUUGCUUGUGGAAAUGGACGGGUUCAACAGUAGCACUAAUGUGGUCGUUUUAGCCGGCACCAAUCGAGCUGAUGUCCUGGAUCCAGCUUUGAUGAGGCCAGGACGCUUUGAUCGACAUAUAUACAUAGGCCCACCAGAUAUUAAAGGCAGGGUAUCCAUCUUUAAGGUGCAUUUAAGACCUCUGAAGUUGGACACUAGUAUAGAAGUAGAGGCUUUGGCCAGGAAGCUAGCUGCACUAACCCCAGGUUUUACUGGGGCUGAUAUUGCUAAUGUGUGUAAUGAGGCCGCGCUAAUAGCUGCCCGACGCCUCAACCAACAUGUCAAUACUAAGCACUUUGAGCAGGCCGUCGAGAGAGUCAUUGGAGGUCUGGAGAAAAAGACUCAGGUACUGCAGCUUCCAGAGAAGACUACUGUGGCGUAUCAUGAGGCCGGACAUGCUGUGGCAGGCUGGUUCCUAGAACAUGCAGACCCCCUACUUAAGGUGUCCAUUGUUCCCAGAGGGAAAGGUUUGGGUUAUGCGCAGUAUCUGCCUAAGGAACAGUACCUGUUCACCCAGGAGCAGCUGUUUGACAGAAUGUGCAUGAUGCUGGGGGGUCGAGUGGCUGAGCAGGUUUUCUUUCGGCGAAUCACCACCGGGGCACAGGAUGACCUCAGGAAGGUCACGCAGUCUGCGUAUGCACAGGUUGUACAGUUUGGAAUGAAUGAGGCGGUGGGUCAGAUGUCCUUUGACCUCCCUCAGCAGGGUGACAUUGUAACUGAGAAGCCCUUCAGUGAACCUAAAGCCCAGCUUAUAGACCAGGAGGUCCGCUUGCUUAUAGAUGCUGCCUUCCAGCGAACACUUCAGCUCGUCACCGACAAGAAAGAAAUGGUGGAGAAGGUGGCAAAACGUCUGCUAGAAAAGGAGAUUCUAGACAAAGCCGACAUGGUGGAGCUGCUAGGAACUCGUCCCUUUCAAGAGAAGUCAUCGUAUGAGGAGUUUGUUGAAGGGCUAGGGGAAUUUGCAGAAGACACCUCUCUACCUGAAGGGCUAAAGAACUGGAACAAGAACAAAGGAAAGUAGAAACACCCGCAGAAUCGACAAAACUAUUACUAGGUGGGAGUUGACAGUACCCUGGGAAGAACAUAUGGAGGAAGCUCGCCAAAUACCAAGAGCUGGUGGAGCAGUGUAGGAGCCGAGGCUGGCGGGCCCUCUGCGAGCCAAUCAAAGUUGGCUGCCCGGGGUUUCUUGGGCGGUUUAUUUGCAAAGCUCUGACUGGGCUCAGAGUAACUGGAGCUGCGAAGAGGUGGGCCAUCCGCACCACAACUGAAGCCAAAGAGAAAGGAUCCAUGGAUUGGUGCUACUGGGAUGCAAGCAGGGACCUGAUCAACCCCGGCUGUGUCACCUGGGGGAGGGGUUAUGAUGUUGAAAGACCCGAAACCCCCAAUGACCCCAAGAGCAUGACUGAUGAUGCAUCCCAGCGCAUCCUAGAGAUGUUUCUUGUAACCUGAAGAGUGCCGUUUGUGGCUCAUUUCACUGGAGGUGCCUUAAUUCAAUGCUCUGAUGUAGUCCUACAGGGCAAGGACACUGACAAUCAUACCACAGAAUAAUCUGUACUGAUGGUCAGGAAUGUUACAUCAUGUGAUUUAUUCUGAGGCUCAUUGCCCUUAUCCAACCUUAAAUCUAUAAAUCUAUUAAGAAUGCUUUCUUCCCUAAGUGGGGGGAAACCAGUUUUCUUCUCGUUUCUCAGAUGUUUAAGAUUUCAAAGGCACGCUGACUGCCAUACAAUGUGACAUUGUUUCUCAACUUAAGAUAGAUAAGAUAAGCCUUUAUUGUCUCCAAUAGGAGAAAUUCAUCUUGGGCAUUUGAGAGAAACAAAAUGGCAAAACAACUUAAAUAUAUUUUAAUCACCAUUAUACAGUAGUCUUUCAGCAAAAAUCAACCUUCCUCAACUUGGUUCUUCUUUAUUUAGCAGUAAAGACAGCUGUUAUAACUCAGUGUUUGUAAAUUUGCUUUGUGCACAUAUUACAAAUGCCAUUGGAUCACAUUAGAGCCAGACCGAUAUAUCAGCGGGCCGAUAUUAGGCAUUUUCCAAACUAUCGGUAUUGGCAUUUAUAAUGGCCAAUAAAUGAAUAUGUAAAAAA